AUGUCAGGAGAGACGAAUAAAGAAGACGUUUCACAAAUGGAAAUAGUCGGGAAUGACAAUAUGGAUAGUAAUAAUAAUGAUAAUAAUAAUAGUAAUAAUAAUAAUAAUAGUAAUAAUGAAAACGAAUUUACAGAUAAUCCUGAAAGUGAUGUUAAGGAAAUUGUACGUACUUUCAUUAACAACACACUUGAUAAAUUCAUAGAAAUCAAUUCAAAACGAGAUAGUAUAAUGAGCACUUCGAGUAAAUUGAAUCAAUCUAGCAAAGAAAAUGGAAUGGAUUUGUUGAGAAUGGAAGUGCAAUCAGUUCGUUAUAUUAUUGAAAAAUUGGAUAAACACUUAAAACUACAUUUAACACAACAAAUUAGUUAUGAGGAGAAAUUAUCCAUGUUAGAAGUUAAGCUUAAUGAAUAUAAAAACAUUUCAAAACCUACAUUGAAACAAAAUCGUUCAAGUUUCGUUUACCAAGAUACAAUACAGAAAACUGAAAGAGAUCUUAUUGAAAAGAAUUCUGUUGGAACAUCAAUGCAUGAUUUAAUAAAAACUGAAGAAAUGAGUUCAGUGAUUGAAAGAAGACAAUCACAAACGAAAUCGUUUUCUAAUAAUAAAAACGGAACUAGAAAAUUGUCCCAUGAAAAUGUCAAUAAUAAUAUUCAUAAUAGAAUAAACAGUGAAGAGGAUGAAUGGUACGCAAGACAAUUAGAAGAGAUAAAACACUUACCAAUUCAUGAAAUACUUCAACGUAUAUUACACUGAAAAUUAUGUUGUUGUGAUGGAGAUAAUAAACAUAUUUACUUUAAAAAAUAAUUCACUUUCAUAUUAUUGUAAAUUAUAAUUGUCAACAAAUAUUCAUUGUCUGUAGUUUCUAUGAGUCGAAUAUAUCCUAC